AUGCGUUUUGAUAUUUACUGAAGGGUUUCUUUAAUUAAUUUGUAGCGAGGAGGUUGCGGAGGUUUUCAUUAUAAAAACUAAACAUUAUUCUUAUAACUACACCAUUCAACCAGAAACCUUCGACAAUACGCUGUACUUUAUAACACAAUCUAUUUAUCUCGCAAGGAAAAAUGUUUCGAGUCUUUCUAAUAGUGGUUUUAAUUGUUUUCGCGGGGGUGUGCACCGCUCAGUUAAAUUUUUCCACGGAUUGGGGAAAACGCUCGGGUUCCUCAACAACUCCAGAAGCGAACAACUGCAAAGAAUCCGUCGAGACUGUAAUGCUAAUAUAUAAAAUAAUCCAAAACGAGGCCCAGAAGUUAAUCGAAUGUGGAAAAUACGCCAAAUGAAAAUACCGAUUGGACUGGAAUACCUACUAAUUGUUUUAUUACCCGUGGCCCCUUUUUUUGUGUUUGUUUCAUUUAAAAAGUAUUGUAAUUUGUGGCUACCAAUAAAAAUGUAAGCAGCA